AAAAUCUGUCUCUCUCUCUCUCUCUCUCUGAACAUGUCUGGUUGAGCCUCGUCAUUGCAGCUGGGCAUCCAACCCUUCUUUUUCUUCUCCUCCUGUAUUAGUCUGGUUAUAGAUAUAGAGAUGCUAAGUCCUCAUCUUCAUCAUCAUUCAAAUGUGACCCAAACUUCUAUUCUUCCAGCGAAAACCUUCCCAAUAUUAGCUACCCCUUUGGCCGAAAAAACGACCCUAGAGGCUGCGGCCUAAAGCGAUUCGAAUUGGCCUGCGAAAACAAUCGCAUAAUAUUAUACUUGUUUGGUGGAAUUGGAAAGUAUACGUGCUAGCCAUCAGCUGCGACAACGGAACCAUUCGGGUAGUGGAGGUGGGCAUCGACCAGCGCAAUUGCUCCUCUCUUCUUUCUUCCCUCUCGUCACGUAACCUUAUAGAUCUAAGUGGGUAUCCCCAUAAUUAUGAGUCAUGGUACUUCUCUAAUGUAGAAGUAGUUUUCAUGAGCUGUGAAAGGCAGGUGAAGUCUCGGUUCUACAGGGAGAUUGAUGGUUCUUCUAGGUUGUACAUGGAUCUUGCUGGUGUUGCCAGCUCUGGUUCUUGUUUAUAAAUAUGGAUAUGGAUAUGGAUAUGGAUAUAGAUAUGGAUAUGAAUAUGGAUAUGGUCGGGGUGCUAAUUCCUUUUCAUCAUUAUCAUCAUCCAAAUGCGACCCAAACUUCUCUUCUUCCUGCGGAAGCCUUCCCAAUAUUAGUUACCCCUUCCGCCUCAAACAGGACCCUAAAGGCUGCGGCCUAACGCAAUUCGAAUUGGCCUGCAAGAACAAUCGCACAAUAUGGUACUUGUUACACAGGAUGUACUACGUCCUAGACAUCUACUACGAGAACAAAACCAUUCGGAUAGUGGACGUGGGCAUCGACAAGCGCAAUUGCUCCUCUCUUCCUCUUCAUUCCUCGCCACUUACUAACCUGCUUUUAGAUAGAUAUUUUGAAUAUCUCCUCGAAUAUUCGAAUGUAGUAAUGUUGGUGAACUGUGAGAGGCCGAUAAAGUCUGGGAAUAAUUCUUACGUGGAUCUUGCUACUGGUUCUAAUUCUAAUUGCUUCAACAAUUACUCUCCUUUAAGACGAAAUCAUUCGUAUAUGCUGGUAGGUGACUUGAGUAUCUCGGAUGUAGCAGAGUUGUGCACGGUGGAGGCAGUGGUUCGCGUUACGGCUGAGUUGUUCCCUGGUGGUGGCGGGAACCUUUCACUCUUGGACAUUCACAGCGCCAUGGCUAAUGGGUUUGAGCUUCGUUACUUCAGUAGCUGGGACUGGCAGUGCCCCAGAAAUUGGUCCUACUUCCAUUGCCUCAUGGAGGAAAUCAGAUUGUUAACGACAACUUCCUUCAUUUAUGAGUCCGCCCUCUGGUGCGGAUAUCUCGGUGUAAGAGCUUUAAUUGGGCUACCACUCUAUUUGGCACUUUUGGUGUACAAAUUCAGGAAAAGACAUGCAUGGAUGAACGAAGACAUUGAGAGUUUCCUUCAAAGUCAAGAUGAUCUUGUGCCCAUUAGCUACUCUUAUUCUAUGAUUAAUAAAAUGACUACCGGCUUCAAUCAUAAGCUAGGUGAAGGAGGCUUUGCUGAAGUCUAUAAAGGAAAACUUCGUAGCGGUAAAAUUGUAGCUGUAAAAAUGUUAAAGAUGUCCAAAGCUACUGCACGAGAGUUUAUCAACGAAGUUGCCACCAUUGGCAAGAUCCAUCAUGUCAACGUGGUUCGUCUUGUUGGAUUUCAUGCUGGAAGAUCUAAACGCGCUCUUAUAUAUGAUUUUAUGCCUAAUGGGUCACUUGAAAAAUACAUAUUUUUCGAGCAAGGAGAUUCAUCUUUGACCUAUAACCAAAUGUUCAAGAUUUCACUUGGUGUGGCUCGUGGAAUUGAGUACUUGCAUUGCGGUUGUGAGAUGAAGAUCUUGCAUUUUGACAUCAAGCCUCACAACAUUCUUCUUGACAAGGAUUUUACCCCUAAAGUUUCAGAUUUUGGAUUGGCAAAACUGUACCCAACUGAUGAUAGCAUUGUGUCUUUGACUGCAGCUAGAGGGACAUUCGGCUACAUGGCUCCAGAGUUGUUAUACAAAAACAUUGGAAGGGUUUCUCACAAGGCUGAUGUUUACAGUUUCGGAAUGUUGCUAAUGGAAAUGGCAGGUAGGAGGCGGAACCUAAAUGCCUUUGUGGAUCACUGUAGCCAAAUUUACUUUCCUUCAUGGGUAUAUAACCAGUUAAAUAAAGGAAAGGGGAUAGAAAUAGGGGAUGCCAACGAGGAGGAUGAAUUGCUAGUGAAAAAGAUAAUGUUGGUGGCUCUGUGGUGCAUUCAAAUGAAACCCGAUGAUCGCCCAUCAAUGAGCAAGGUAGUGGAGAUGCUCCAAGGGAGUGUUACACUCUUGCCUAUGCCUUCCAAGCCCUCUGUUUGUCCACAAGAAAUGUGAGAUGAAUAGAUUGGAAUCAACAAAAAUCUUGCAGGGCAAACAUUGGUGUAUAUUUUCAUUUACUAUGAACGGAAGUGGAAGUGGAAGUAAAACUUAAUAUUUCAUGUAAAAAAUAAUGUGCGUAGCCAGAGGGAGCGUGCAACCAUGCAUGGCAUCUCAAUCUUAUUCCAACAUAUAUAAUUAGGCAACUAUGCUUCAACUUUGCAUAUCAUAUUUACUAAUAAGAUGUUAUUAAAUUAAUGUAUCUUUAUUUAUGUUCUAAUAUAA